AUGGAUUGCACUCAUCAUAUUCGAAAUCAACUAUAAACAAUUUGCAUAGCUCCUCAUCAAUGUUAAUAUUAAAGGAAACUUUGCCCUGAAUGCCAAGAUGAGCAUGGAGUGGAAUACAUAGUUUCGAUGAAAAAAUUCCAAGAUUUGUCUAUGAAGAAAUUGAAAGAAUUUAAGCUUGAUGAUUCAGAAGAAAUAGUGAAAUCGAGAAUGACUUUUAAAGCAAUGAUUUCUUCAACACUAAAUAUGUUAAAAUAAAUUUGGGAUGAAUUAACAAAAUAAAUAAAUUAGUUCUAUGAUUUGAUUGAGAUGAAAGAUAAAUCAUAUUUGAAUUAAUUUAACAACAAUGUGAAUCCUAUAGAUUUACCCAAUACUGAAUUAGAAAAGUUAGUCUAAA